GUACCUUACUCGAAGAGCGAUGCACAAAAAGUUGAAAGCGUUUUGGAAACCUUAAACAAAUGCCGCAGGGACAAGGUGGAGCGUAGAGGGGACCUCUCCCUUCCGAUGCAUCCACUACUUCAAAUGCCUUUCCAUGGUUGAGCCACUCUUCUCUCUCUCCUCCGACCCGACCCCAUCAUCUUUGUCUGAUACGACGCCUUCAACCCUGAGCAUGAGAAUGGGGUCUCCUCACAGCGCAACGGCAUCCAAUUGGAGAAGGCCGCUGUUCUCUUCAACCUUGGAGCCAUCUGCAGCCAGAUUGCUGCCUCUUGCGACCGUACCACCGCCCUUGGCUGUCACCUUGCAAUGGAAGCCUUCAAAGUUGCCGGCAAUUUCUUCUUCCAACUCUGGAAGGUUUUUGCCAAGGACGUGGUCUCCGCCACCCUCGAUUUGACUCUCCUCUUCGCCGCUCAGGCUUCCGAGCUCGAAUUAAAGCAACAACUCAACAACAACGAAGCCAGUUACGCUCUCCAACAACACCGCUGUUCUCAGCAUAACAUCCAUUUGGAGAAGGCCUCUGUUCUCUUCAACCUGGGAGCCCUCUGCACCCACAUUGCUCUCUCCUGCGAUCUCACCACCAUCCAAGGCCAUCGCCUUGCCAUGGACGCCUUAAUUGAUGCUUCAAAUUGGUUCUAUCUGCUGAGGUUUGAGUCUAAGAAGGCAUCUGGCACGAUUGACUUGUCAGAAUCAUACGCCAUUGCGAUAGCAAAUCGGAUUCUCGGCUUCACAUUGAACUUUCCUCCUCAUCCCCAAUCUAUAUGUGCUUCAGCUUAUGUUCCGUCGACAUUUGGGCUUUUAGCUGAGAAUCUUGUUCAAUCCUCGACACCUCAAUAUCUUGAGUAUCUUAAGUCGAAGAUGAAAACCUGCCAUAUUGAAACGGGUCCGAGUGAUGUAACUGAACAAUUUCUUUUAGGGUAUUGUAAGUCUCACGCCCUGCUUCAAGAGGUCAGAGGUGUGUCAACCACUAUGCUUGGACCUUCUCUCUGAGGCUAGCCCUGUCAAGAUUAAGGAUGGAAAUCUUGUGGCCAAUGCAACCUUAGAGGCACCGCAUUUGGCAUUGGAGAACAUGACCUUGCAGGAGACACCACAGUAACAUUACCUUAGAGAAAAACUAAACAAGAUUUAGGAAUGAACUUGUUUUCUUUUUUAAAUUGGAUGUUGGAACUUUGU